AGCUGCGAGUGCAGGGCAUCGCUUGGUUUGGAGAGAGACGCUUGCAGAAAUGAAGGCUGUUUUGUUGACGGUUCUCGGAGCCCUUUGCGUUCUAACCGAGGGCGGAGAAGUCCAUCCGCAGAAGGACUUCGACCUGCAAAGGUUUGCAGGGAAGUGGUACCGGGUCGGAAUUGCCCACAACGCAGAUUCGUUCAAGCAGUACCGGGACAGCUUCAAGAUCAAUGUGGGUGUGCUGGUCCCCAUGGAGACUGGCAGCGUCAGCUUGACCAUGUGGCAACUCAAGUCUUCUGGUUGUCACAGUAUGUCUUUCCUGUAUGAGAAGACAGACAAGCCAGGUCGCUUCAAGUACUUCAGCACAAGUUCAAAUGCAUUGAAAGACAUCACAAUAGUGGACACCAACUAUGACGAGUAUGCGCUGGUCCUCAAACACAAUCCGAGAGGAGGGCAAGGGUCCACACAGGUGGCCAUGUAUGGAAGGAAGCAGAAGCUCAGCGCAGAGCUGAUGGAGAAAUUCAAAGCGUUCUCACUGGCCCAGGGCGUACCAGAGGAUUCCAUUGUGAUUCCGCUAGUCACAGAGGACUGUCCUGAAGGUGGAAUCUAGGGUCCUUGCUUCAAACCAUGCUGCUUUGUUUAAUUCGGAGACUGCCUUUGAAUCACAGCACCUGAUCCACAUGCAAAGCCGCUCUCCUCAUUCAUCGGCGCCGUCAUCCGUUGGCUUGCUACAGCUUGUCCUGAUCGACGGCAAAUGGAACAUUCCUCAUCCCAAACGGAAUGCGGAGGCGCGGGAUCGGAGGUGUUCUACAAGCUCUGUAACCUUGGAAACCGCCAGCUGUAAAUUCCAAGCAAGUUCUUUCAUUCCACAAACCUUUUUAAGCAAUGUAAUCUUUUAAUGAAUAAAUACAGUUAAAUAAA